AUAACUGUUACCCCCACAACAACUGCAACUGAGGUUACUUUGACAACAGGCACCAAAGCCCCAACUACAACUGUAACUGUGGCCCCCACAACAACUGCAACUGAUGUUACUUUGACAACAGGCACCAAAGCCCCAACUACAACUAUAACUGUUCCCCCCACAACAACUGCAACUGAGGUUACUUUGACAACAGGCACCAAAGCCCCAACCAUAGCAGGAUCCACCAUUGAAACAUUCUCCACUCUUACUGCACCUCCAACAACAACCAUAACAGCUCCCCCCAACAUCAAAGUUCUUGAGUUCACCUCCACUGAAUUAUUUGAUAUUGACCUCUCAAAUCGUGAAUCUACAGCCUUUCAAUCUAAAGCCGAGCAAAUAAAACAGCUGAUUGAGCCACUUUACAAAGCGGCAUUUCCUUCAUUCAUCAGGUUCACUGUAAGAAGCUUCAGGCCUGGAUCAACUAUCACAAAUGGAGAUCUGGCCUUCAGCUCAACAAACGUACCUAGCGAUGAUGUCAUAAUCAGCACUCUGAGUGGCAGCAGCGUAACUAGUACACUAAAGAUCGUCGUUACCUCAAUUAAAGUCAUUAAUGCUGGUUCAACAACUGUGGUACCAACAACAACAGUAACAGCUGUUACACAAACUCCUACAACUACAAGUAGUGCAACCACCCUGACACCAGCAACUACAGUAACAGCUGUUACACCAACUCCUACAACUACAAGAGGUGCAACCACCCUGACACCAGCAACUACAGUAACAGCUGCUACACCAACUCCUACAGCUACAAGAGGUGCAACCACCCCGACACCAGCAACUACAGUAACAGCUGUUACACCAACUUCUAGAGCUACAACCAUGGCUAUGCCCACAACUACAACUCCAACUACAACUACAACUCCAACUAUGACUACAACUACAACUCCAACUACAACUACAAAACCAACUACAACUACAACUCCAACUACAACUACAAAACCAACUACAACUACAACUCCAACUACAACUACAACUCCAACUACAACUACAACUACAACUACAACUCCAACUACAACUACAACUCCAACUACAACUACAAAACCAACUACAACUACAACUCCAACUACAACUACAAAACCAACUACAACUCCAACUACAACUACAACUCCAACUACAACUACAAAACCAACUACAACUACAACUCCAACUACAACUACAAAACCAACUACAACUACAACUACAACUACAACCCCCAAACCUCGUCCACCUACUGUUCCAGUUGUGGCUCUUCAAGUGACUAUACAGACAGUCUUCAUACCUGCAUUAGCUAAUAGCAAUUCACCAGAGUUCCAGAAGCUAGCAUUCAGUAUUGUUACUGUGUGUGAUGUGAUUUACAGCGCACGCUACGGGUUUAUUUUCAUCCGGACGAUUGUGAUUCGAUUCAGGGGCGUGGCACGAAACCGUGCGGAACUGGAUACGCAGGCGGAGGUGGAGCUGGAGUUUCGGGACAACACCUCACCCGAAUCGCUCCCGACCAGCGACGACAUCGUCAACACGCUGAAAGAGGCAGUGAGCAACCCCAACAACACAUUCAACAUCACUAUUGACCCCGCCUCCAUUUUAAUUCUAAGAACCCCGAACAACGUUGUGGAGCUAGUGUUCACCUCCACUGACACAUUUGUGGACACACUUCUAGACGCGAACUCAGAAGCCUUUAAAACCAGAGCACGGGUCACAGCAGAACAGAUCGAGCCAGUUUUCAAGGCUAACUUCUCAUCGUUCAUCUCUAUGACUGUCACGAAUUUCAGUGCUGGAUCAGUCGUCACGACUUCAAGUCUAGCCUUCAACUCCUCAGGACGUUUUCCCAGUGCCAAUGAGAUCGCAAACUCUCUGAUAAACGCUGUGCAGAGGGGACAAGUGAACUUAAACAUCGACGUAAACUCAAUUAAAGUCAAUGGGACAGCCUUCACCGCAUCCACAGCUGGACCCGGAACCAAAACAAGCCUGCUCACGACUUUGUGCUUGGUUUUCACCUCAUUGCUUUUCACCCACCUCUGGUAAAUUCAGCCAAUCAAGUGCACCCAAAGAUGAACGUUACCUCACAAUGACAAAACCAAGGACUGUAUAUGGGAACUAUAUGGGGGGGAGGGGGGACCACAACCAGAUGCCCAGAAAAGCAGUUAUGCCAGCAAAAGUUCCAAACGGACUAAGUCGGACUCAGCCAUCGAACUGCAAACAAAGCCUUUCUGUAGUCAAGCCUGGAGCGGUGUCUAUAUUAACUUGUGUUUGUUCACUCAUUAAUAAUGAAUUUUCUGACUUAUACUUCAAGUCAAGCUACUAGCAGGGUCUUUUAAAAAAAAAUAGGGAGUCUUAAAGCCUUCGUCAUCUCAUCCUAUACUAACUGCAUAGAGCUUCCUCAGAUAAUGAUUCAUUUUCAAAUGCCAUAUUUAUUGUUCUACAGAUUGACAGUCGUGCCAGCCUGAACACAAAAUAUGAACUCAGCUAACAAUAACUGAGCUUUAAUAAUGAAGGUUGCCUGUCUAUCCAUAACACCAAAUAUAUAUUUGAUCUAGUAUUUUAUGAAACAAUAGCCAUGGGGUGAUACUUUUGAACUCAUAAACUUAGUUAAAGAAAAGGGGAAAUUCGUAUAAUUGUUUUAAAAGCGACCAUGUUAAAUGUAGCAAACCAACUAAGUGCCUUUGCAAGCUGGGCUUGCUGAUUAAAGCAAUGUGAGUUGAGACACUGACCUAUUUUGAAAGAGCGUUACCAUAUCAUAUACACUGCUGUCUGUUACAAUGAAAUGUUUCAUUACAUUUUGUAAAAUCUAUCAAAUGUGUAAUCAAAUGUAUUUAUUGCUAAAAAUAAAAAUUUUACUUUUAAGUGCAUGAAAGUUGCAAGUACCAAGGUCUGCUCACAAACCGAAAAUUGUUUGAAGCUUAAAGGCUGCCAGUUUCAUUUUUUCUUGCAAAGAAAGAUCCUGUGUGAUAUUUAGAUAUAAUAAAUGAGUUUCCAUGCACAGCCUUGCAUUGGGCACCAAAUUUUUUUAAAUAAUAUAUUUUUUUCAGAUAGUAUUAUUAAAUGAAGACACCACGGUCACAUGUAAAGCAAUGGAGGUCAUAUAACAUAAACACAAUUACCAGCUAACGAAGCUCAAUAAAACUACUAUUUAAUUCUCUGUGACGAUACAAAGGCUGUUACUACAACUAGUAUUAUUUCUUUUCACUACACAGUGAAUUUAGUGCCAAUAUUAUUUACACGUGGUUCACAACUCGUGUGUGUUCUGUGACCCCCAAAACACAACUCACAUGUGUUUUACGCAUCGUAAAACUACAAUUCCUGUUUUAAUGCUCUCAAACUACACAUUCAAAACUACAAACUUCAAGCUGUGGACGCACAGAAAUAGAAUUUAUUUUGGCAUUGGGAUGGCAGGUAUGCCAUCCCGCCAAGUUACGCCUUGGCGGGGGCAUGCCCCAUACCUAUACAGCACCGAGAGUUUGGCACUUUUCAGGGUUCCCCAUUUAUUUUUACUUGUACGAUAGGGGAGAAACCGCACGUGUACGCACCAAUCAAAAUUAAGCUAUCCUCAGCCAAUCAGGGGAAGAGUAUCUCAUAGCCAAUCGCAUGACCGCUGUGCAGGUGAGUAAUGUCAGAGAUUUCGGUAAUACUAAUGAAAAACGCACUCGCGCGUAUAUGUGCAUGAUAUAUGAAAUCAUGAUCAAAUGAUCGAUGAUCAAACUUAAACAUCUUUGAUUAAUCGUGUGCAACAAAUAUGACGUUGUAAUUGGUAAUUCUUGGUCGAGCAAUGACCGGCUUUAUUCAAGCUGGCUAUGAUUUGAUUUCUAUGAAAGGCAGACUAACGAACAAGCUUUUACAUCACUGACUUACUGCUUACACCGUUGGCUGGCUAGUGAGUCAGCUUCGAAUUGCUUGUAGUAAAAAAGUAAUUUGGAGCAUGGAUAUGAUGAAACAGCAUGUGUCCAUUUAUUGGGAGUUUCUGUUCUAUAGCAUUAAUUAGGAAUAUGUAUUGUUUAGAUUUUGACGAUGCCGAUAUACUGUUAAAACGGGACAGGUGACUAAACGAACAGCAGCAACAGCUACUGGGAACGUGAUUUCACAGAAAUGACUGUGUGAUCUCCACGACGUGAGUUGUAAACUUCGUGUAAAUAAUAUUGGCACUAAAUUUGCUGCAUAUUUUAGCGUUCGUUUUCAGUCAUAAAUGUUAUAUUUUGCUAUAAUUUCUCAAUAGAUUAAAAUCUGUUUGUUUGAACCUGCAUGAAAUAUGCCUAUUUAUGUAUGUAUGUAUGCUGCAAUAAAGGAAAAGGGUAGACACACUAAAUACUGAAAGAUUUUGGUAUUGUACAUGGUUGUGGAGGUUUUUGUGUAAUGUUGUGUUAAAUACAUAUGUUUGCUGCAUUAUUUUCUGACACUGAAAAAUAAAUAACUUUCACUUAA